CUUGUUUCCUGUUGUAUUUGGAAUUUGGAUCGACCAUAAAUUUCUGUCUUCUAUUGACAACCCAUUUCUUACUUAACACGCACCCACAUUUCCUAAACAGAUGAAUUUUCCAAAAAAGAAGAAGAAUCUUAUCAAGGUCGCCGCAGACGGAAUCGGAUCCUCUGCCGCAUGGCAGAGUGCCUUGCGCGCAGUGGUCCGUCCGAUGAAGAAGAGAAGGCCUUGGGAUCUGUGCGUUGAAAUCUCCGACCGUCCACUUUUUGAUCGGGUGGUUCCCGAAAGCCAGGCACGGUGCCUUGCUUUGAAGUAUUGUAGAGGCUCCGCAUCCGAGGCAGACUACCGCUAUGACCUCUUCGCCACACAUGUCUCGUACUUCCACUACCUCAAGGACAUUGGGAAAACCCUUCGCCGCUUCGUGGACGAGGAGCUUGCCGCCGCCUCUUCUUUGUGUCUGUCGUCAAUCUACUAUCCCUCAUUGAUAUGUCUUUCCCAUGAAUGUUUUGUCUACUAGAUAUUCGGAUCAUAGGAUGAGUAUUGGAGCUCCUCAAAUAAGAAUGGACGGGUUCUUUUGGACAUCCACCCAGUAGGUCCAUAUAACAGUGAGAGUAGGAGGAUUCAGGCGAAGAAGCCCACACGUGAAGAUGAGACUGCACCUCCUCCUGACGGGUCUUUGGGACUUAUUGAAUCCAUUUGAUUGAAUUGACCAGGGGUACUCCGUACUCCAGUUACGUGCUUCAAGGAAGCCAUGUGUAUGGGGAUCUACCAGUGGCGGAGCCAGAAGUCUAUAGUUAAAGGGGCCGGUUCUUGAAAAUUUUACUUUGCAGGGGCCAAAGUGUAAAAUAUCAACAUAUUUUCUAUAGAUUAAACGUAUUUAUGCAUAAUAUAUACUUAAGAAUUUUUUUCCUUGCAGGGGCCGAGGCCCCCUCCAGCCCCUCCUUGUCUCCACCCCUGGGAUCUACCUGUAGCAGUCCCGAUUUGGAUGAAGUGAUAUAGAGGGAGGGGGUUCCUGAUUUGGAGGAUGAAACAAAAACCGAGAAUUCAUGGAUGAAUCUGAGGUGAAGAAGAUGAAUAAUAAAUUUAAGAAAAAGAGGGAUUCAAGAGGUUGUUGCUGAAAUCAGAGACAAAUUUGAGAUUGCAUCACGUUUUGGGAGAGAGAUAGUUGCGAUGCUUGAGGUUGGAAAGUUGCCUUACCUUACCGCCCUACAUUUAUUCACUUAACGGAUGGUUAUUAUCG